UGUACCGACGCCGGUAGGUUUGGAUCGUUUCUUUCGAUUUGUUCAGAAUGAAAGGUGAUCGGGAUUGAAAAGAAAAGAAACGUCACAAACAGUCCGUACUAUCGUCGUUUGUUCUCGUUAUGAAACGAUUCAGUAUUCGCUGUCUUGAUCGGUAAAUACGAAUGAUUCGCGUGUGUCGAUUGUAAGGUCUUGCUACACGCGUUGAUGACAUUUGAAAGUUUGUUACCGGUCGGAAACGUGUCUGUUGCCGGAUAAAUUCGAUUGUCACACUGCGAAAGUGUGAUCUGAACUAGCCGCCGUUUGAACAUUCGAUUCCAAGAUAAUUGACAAAGAAAACGAAGACAGCGAAUCCUGCCCACUGUUUGAAUUUGUUUUAAAAUCCCUGGGACCACAUCCUGCAAAAUAUACUGUAAAUAUCGAGCUUUCAUUAGAAAAUGGCUCCGACUGUUUAUCUGUCGGAACUACCAAUCAUAAGAACACCAACGACGAUUCCGUGUUCACGGCGAAGACAGAGGGUUCUUAACGGGGCUAUAGUAAAGCAGCAGAGGCUAGAAUUUAGACGAUUAGAAACGAAUGCGUCUUCUGUCGACGAUGCGACUCUCACACCACCUCAAAGUCCUUUUUGGGAACCAGAGAGUCCCAAUGAUUCCUGUGCCCCAAUUAUUGUCAGUUCUUCCGCCCCGAACGUUUCUGCUCGAGUUCCAGCGGAUAUACAGGAACGUUGGAAGGUGUUCUUAGCAAGACGGAAAGGUCUUUUAGAUAUCGUUAUACGUACAAUGGCUUUGGUACGACGAAAUAAUAUCCUUCAAAAAAAGGUGAACGCUCUGCGUGCAGAGACUCGAGAUUUCUUUCAUUCGGUGUUGAAUAAUCCUGAAAAUAAGUGCAUACAACAAAGAUUGGAUGCGAUAGAUUGCAAGGAGGCGGAUGUGUCCUCAUCGACAGAGGAAAUCAUGCCAAGACCAUCGCUUCCACCCACGCCGGAUUCAACGAAUUCCUUAUCGAACAGUGUCUCGUCGACCUGUGGUAAUAGCGACUCGGAACAAUCCUCCGAUGAUGAGUCGUAAUGUUUGAGAAUGAUGCACAAAAGAAAGUAAUAAGUUCAGAGCACAAAAAUCGAACAGAAUGAACCGUCGAAGUGAGAUGUUUGACUCACUCGUUAUACAUAUAAAUGUAUAUCGAGCGAUUAUUAUACAUUAUGUUCAAUGAUUAUGCAAUCGCUUCUUGAUUAAAAAUUUUGCUGAUUUGUUACUGAAAAUGAAAUGAAGCGAUUGAUUGAUCAAAUUAAUAUUAUUUUUGCAUUUAGUACGAUAAGUAUUAUAAUAUUAGCACCAUUAGUAUUUAAACACUGGUCUAAACGAAAAUUAUAAUUUUCAUUGGUUAUAUCUUACAUGUUUUAUUUAUUAGAGUUCUGUUAAAGACUAUUCAUAUCGUAAAUUAAAAUUCAAUUCUAAAACUUCAAAAUUCACUAUGCAUUAACCAAGAAGAGAUUGUAUGUUACAUAAUGUAUAUUGUAGAGAAAUUAUUCUUUUAAACGUCAUCGAGUUCUCCAACAUUAGCGACUGUUUUCCUUUAAGAAAUAUACGCUAAGUUCACGCUCGCUUAAUUUUUACGAAAUAGUCGUAAAAUAAUCUAGAAUCUACAUUAUCGAUGAAAUAGCUUAAAGCACUUCCUUAUUAUCAAUCUUUCCUUUACUUCUAUUAACUAUAUUACUUAGUGGCACUCUAAGAAAAAGACGAUUUAAUUAUUCAACAUGAAGUAGAACACUGCAGAAACGCAAUAUUUUUAAUAAUAAGAAAAAGAAGAGAUUUCAAUUAUACUUUUAAUAAAAGGAAAAGAAAUUGAAACGUAAAUGAAGUCACACGGAGAUGUUGUAAAAAGAUAUGUAUAACGUUACAAAAUCGAUAUAACUUGUAACAUACAACGUAGAAUUAUUACAACUACUUGGUAUGAUUAACAUUUUUAAUACUGCAUUGAGAAGAGAGCAUCGCUACAAGAUUUAUGAAAAUAAAAUUGCAGGAUUGCUUUGCGCUCGACUUUGGUGUUCAAAGACCUAGGCGCAAAGCUUUUCUAUACGAAUUUGCUUUAGAAUUAGGAUUAAAAGAAUGGAAAAAGGAAAAAAAUGCCCUGCAAAUUGGUGGCUGUGAAAUUUGUAUUCGCAUCUGUAACUCUUUCUCUUUUAUAAUGCUAGUUCGCGAUUAAUUGAAUUAGAAAUUGUCCGUCUUUUCCGAUUAAAAUGACGGCUACAUUACAAGAGGAUAUUCUCGAUCGAUGAAAAUAGAUUUUUAGGAAAUCUACAGUAGUAUCCCAUAGAAUUAAGUAAUAAAAGCUUUUUGAUCUAGGCAAAUUUUCCAAGCUCAUUUCAUUAAUCUUAUAUUUGACUUAUACUGUACUGACAUAAUUUAUACUGUAUUGAAGAGGUAUUUGCAGAUUAAGCAUAUUGUAAAAUAAGCGUUCAUUUUUUAUUUGUUUCAUAUUAUCGUACGAAUAACGUCAUAAUUUGGGAGACAAAGACUAAAAAUAAUAAGAAUUUUACAAAAAUUAAUAAUCGAAAAAUAUUUACAUUGAAAAAAAAAAAGAAAUAUUUCUCACUUCUAGCUCUUUAGUAGCGUAACAGGUUUAGAAACAUAAUAUAUAUUAAUCUGCACGUUAAAUUUGAUCAUUUCCUAAACGUAAAACAUUAGCGUACCUUUUAGAGAGGUUUAACAAAUAGUUUUCAAGUAGAAAACCUCAAUAUUUAUCGAUUAUAAGUGAUAUAUAUAUAUAUGCAUAUACGUAUAUUUUGACAUAUUUCAUAAAAAGAACCGAACUUAAAAGCAAUGCUAAUUCCUCUGAACUAUAAAAAGUAAAAUGUCAUACUAGGUUCUUUAUCUAUUUAUUGUUUUAUCAUCUAUAUUAGAAGUAUUAAAAGCAUGAAAGUUAUUCUUUCACCGAAAUUAGUCACGAUAAUUGCAUCUUAGACUGUUAUCCCCAUCGUCAGUAACUUUAAAUUCUUAUACUAUCAGAGUGCAUAUAUCACGAAGAAUUUUAUAUAAUUGUUCUGUAAACGGUGUGUAAACAAAAAGAAACAAAACAGAAUUACCAUUUUCUCGAAGUACGACGACUGACGCUCUUGCCAGUCGAAAUGAUUGAAAAAGGAAACAAGAUGAUCCCUUUCCAACUUUGGUGCGACCAAUUCAGUGCUAUUAUACUUUCACUUUUUUCAGAAAUUUGA